AUGCUAAGCUGGAAUAUUGGAGCCACAGGUUCUUGUAUUUUCUGUGGGGAGAUGGAGAGUAGAAACCAUUUGUUCUUGGACUGCGAGUACUCGGAGGAGGUAUGGUAUGGAGAGGUCUUGCUGGGAAAGUGGGAGGAUAUGACUGAUCUUCUUCUUGAUGAGGAACAAGACAUGAUACCUCUGUUCAUUCUGAAAUAUGCAUUUCAAACAACAGUCUAUUGGAUCUGGAGAGAGAGGAAUGGGCGACGACAUGGAGACAAACCCGCCCUCCCAACUCGUAUGCAGCAGUUUAUUGACAAGCAGAUCCCUAAUAGAUUGACUUCUAUUCGGAAAAUGGGUGACGGAAGAUACAAGGCUGGAUUGCAAACCUGGUUUGCUAACUCUUGA